AUGUUUCGAUCUAUCGAGAGCACUGUACGAAACGCCUGCCACAACCAACGCGAAAGUCCUUGUCAUAGAUGUGGCAUUCUCAUCCGAUACGAUCAAAAAGCAACGUGGGAAACGGUCAACCGGUUGGUGAACGAACAUUGGCAAAUCUGUCCCAACGGAAUUGGCACAAGCCUGGAUCGCCAGAGAUGGACGCAUUGUCUGCCCUACCAGGCAGCCAAUACGAACAUCACUCCUAAAAGCGAAAACAAAUCAGUGGGGGGUGUCUUAUUGGCUGGACAGGCAGGUACGUACCAUCCAGGCAACAGCCAUGAGACAGGAGGCGGAGACCGGAUGAGGCGAGAGCAGAUUCGAAGGGAGAGGCUGCUGAGGGACGAAUACACGGAUGAGGUGACGGCGACGAGCGUGCGCUGCAAGGGGUGCAACAGGGUGAUAAGGUUGGACAACAGGGUAAAAUACUACCCCGGUCUUUGGACCAAACAUCGGGGCAAAUGUCCCGCCGUCAAACGCCUUGAGAAAAGGCAAACAAAACUACAGCGGAAAAAGAAACACGUGCAACCUACGAACCCGCCGAGCCAGGACUACGCAGCCGAAGAGGCAAUGCAGGUCCAAGAGAGUACUAGCUCCACCGAGAUAAGCCAACGAGGUGGUUCUGAUCGCCCUAUUGCAAGUGCGAAAGAAAAAUCAGGCAAGAUCCUGUACAUACAAAGCCGAAGUCAACGCAUUACUUACAUUUCAACAGAAGAUGGAACGGGUGCUAUGGCUAGAAGACAAGAUGAAUGGACAUACUCGUCCGAUUCGUCGGAUGAUGAGCAAGCAACAGAUGGGGGCGACAGCAAACCAUUCUAUAAACUAAACCAGGAAUAUUUUGAAAGACUCGUCACCGAUGUCAUCGCAACACACAUCGGUAACACGGUAUGGUUGGAGGCUGUAGCAGGGGGCGUUGUUGCGUU